GGAACCCAAGCAGCCGCGCGGGCCGGGCAAAGUGCAGUCAGACGGAGAACACCGGGCGAGGCGUGGGCAGCUCCGACUCCGGCCAGGACAGGCGCGAUGGCGAGCAGCGACAGCGGACUCGCAGCCCAGGGUUUACUUGGAUGGGGCGCGGAGGAAGAGGAGCCGGAGACAGAGGAGGAGUCGGAGGGCGAGGGGGAGGAGACGGCGGCCGAGUCGGAGGAGGAGCCCGACGCCAGGUUAUCAGAUGAGGAUGAAGAGGGUAAGAUCAAGCAGGAGUGUAUCAUCUCUGACCCAUCCUUUUCCAUGGUGGCAGUUCAACGGGAGGACAGCGGGAUAACCUGGGAGACCAAUUCAAGCAGAUCUUCCACUCCCUGGGCUUCAGAAGAAAGUCAGACAUCGGGAAUAUGUAGUUUGGAAGGGUCAGCUCUGACUUCUCCUCCAGGAAGUGUUUCCUUUAUUAUGGAUGAAGUUAAAAGGACACGCAAAAGAACUCAGAAGUCCAAGCGGGGCUCACCAUCAUUGCGUAGGAAAGGCAGCAAAAAAAGGAAUUCUCUAGAAUCGCAAGAUGUUCUGACAAACCAAGAAGAUGGUCCUUUAAUUUCAGAAAAGCCCGUGCUCAAUACUGAGAAAGAAAAGUCAUCUAUUGGCACUUAUGAUAAAACAAGAAGGAAGAAGACUGAAUCAAAUACGCCUCCCAUCACUGGGGCUAUCUACAAAGAGCACAAACCAUUAGUAUUGAAGCCAGUCUACAUAGGAACGGUACAAUACAAAAUAAAGAUGUUCAAUUCAGUUAAAGAAGAGUUAAUUCCUCUACAAUUUUAUGGGACACUGCCAAAAGGUUAUGUGAUUAAGGAAAUACACUACAGGAGAGGGAAAGAAUCAUCCAUUAGUCUAGAGCCGGAUUUGAGCAAUGGUGGUUCUAACAUAGCUUCCCAAAGGAAAUUAGCCCAGAGCCCAGAAGAAGACAGGGCAAGAGAGCUUGCUCCACCCUGGAGAGGUGCCCUCUCCAAAGGGUCCAUGACCUCAUUGUUUAGUCACGAAGAGCAAAAGAAAACAUAUACUGAUUCCCUCUUAAAUGCUACAUCUUCAACAGAACACACAUUACCCUCUUAUUCAAGAAAUGAUACAGCCGAUCAAGAAGAACAUCUCAGACCUUCACAGACCGUGCAACAACAGCCAGCUGACGAGUCAAAGACCUACAGAACAGAACCACCCAGCACUCCAGCAACCAUGGUCCCCGAAAGAGCAAAGGAAGAACUGGAGCAGAACUCACAAGGAAUGGAAAGUUCAGAGGAUGCGUCAGGCUUGUCAGGCUUAGCUAAUGAUGUGGAACAGGAAGGCAUGGUUUCCGUUAACCAUUCCAUGUCAUGGGAGGCAGAGAAAGAGUCUUUGAAGACAGGACCAUCAAGACCAGGACCAGCCAUCCAAGAAGGGUUUGAGCCAGACAUGGAAGAGUUAGAGCCGAUUUCAAGAGAAAAAAUGGAACCAGUGUCUGAACCUGUGACCUCAUCUGAGCCCAUAGACCACAGAGAAGAGGAGCAUGCGCCUGAGCCCAUAGACCACAGAGAGGAGGAGCAUGCGCCUGAGCCCCUAGUCCAUAGAGAGGAGGAGCAUGCGCCUGAGCCCCUAGUCCAUAGAGAGGAGGAGCAUGCGCCUGAGCCCAUAGUCCAUAGAGAGGAGGAGCAUGCGCCUGAGCCCAUAGUCCAUAGAGAGGAGGAGCAUGCGCCUGAGCCCAUAGUCCAUAGAGAGGAGGAGCAUGCGCCUGAGCCCAUAGACCACAGAGAGGAGCAUGCGCCUGAGCCCCUAGUCCAUAGAGAGGAGGAACAUGCGCCUGAGCCCCUAGUCCAUAGAGAGGAGGAGCAUGCGCCUGAGCCCAUAGUCCAUAGAGAGCAGGAGCAUGCGCCUGAGCCCAUAGUCCAUAGAGAGAAGCAUGCGCCUGAACCCAUAGUCCAUAGAGAGGAGGAGCAUGCGCCUGAGCCCAUAGUCCGUAGAGAGGAGGAGCAUGCGCCUGAGCCCAUAGUCCAUAGAGAGGAGGAGCAUGCGCCUGAGCCUCUAGUCCAUAGAGAGAAGCAUGCGCCUGAGCCCAUAGUCCAUAGAGAGGAGGAGCAUGCGCCUGAGCCCAUAGUCCAUAGGGAGGAGGAGCAUGCGCCCGAGCCUCUUCUCUCCCUUGCAUCACAGGAAGUAGAGAGUGGAGCAGAAACUUCUCUACCAAUCACAGAUACCAUUGAACCUGAAGAUUCUAGUCUAGAAGAAGAGAUCAUAGAACUUGAUUACCCAGAAAGUCCUUUAGUUUCUGAGAAGGAUUCCCCAUUGCCUUUGUCCCCUGAAGUGGAGCACAGAAAAGAGCCCAUUCUCCCAUCACAGAUGACAUUCACACCUGAACAUAUCACCUUGUCCGAGGAAGAAAGAGAGGAAAGCGAAUCUGUUUCUACUGAUUCUGCUUUUGUAUCUGAGUAUUCAGUCCUACAGGAUUUGAACCGUAAGUCAGAGAAGCUAGAAGUAGAGGCAGUUUCUGUAUCUGAUGUGAAAUCUAGUGAACCUGCCGUCUUUUCAGAGGACGAGGAGGAACGUGAGUCUUACUCCCCAGCUGUGACCUCUGUAUCUGAGCAUUCUCUCUCUCCAUCCACCACUGAGAAGACAUCUUCCACCCAGUCCCCACUCUUUUCAACAGUUUCACCAGACAAUCUGGUCCUGUCUGGAGAUGAGGCCUCAGAGACAGAGGCCUCAGAUUCUCUAUCUGCGACUGAGUAUUCUGGUCCAGCGCAUGUGCAAGAGUUGCUGGUAAGAGCCGGUGACCCUAAGCUCCCGCUAAAAUCCCAACAUGUUUCUGAGCCCAUUAUUCAGACAGAAGAUGAGAAAGAAGAUAUUGGGCUACUUUCUUCAGCUGUGGAUGCCACUUCUGAAUACCCUCACUCGCCAUCACUAAGUGAGAAGGCUUCUGAAUGCCAUUUGCCACCCCUGGCUACCACACUCAGACAUGCCGCUCUAUCAGAAGAUGAGGGUCUAGAAAGUGGAAGUUUCGUAUCAGAUUCAAAACUGCCAUUUAAACCCUCAGUUCCUCAAAGUGCAACACAGGAACCCCCCGAAAAAACAGGAGAUGACACGCCCCAAUUCAAACCCAAAGGCCUUGCUGAGCCGACAAUCCUGUUAGAGGAAGAAAAGGAAGCCAUCGAGCUAUCUUCAUCCAGUGAGGUCCCUGCAGCUGAACGCACUCUCCCUCCACAAACCACUGAGUUGCUUUCUGAAAGCCAGGCCCCGCCUUCCUGGCCCACCUCAUCCGAACAAGAGGGCCUAUCCGAAGAAAGGAGUGGAGAAGGCCAGCAGCGCUCAUUCUCUUCCACACCAGAGCUUGUCCACACAUCGCCUCUGCUUCUAAAAGGUGCCUCCUCACCCUCAGCUCUAUCAGAGCCAGGGCAGGAAGAGGACAGCAUUGGGCCCCUUUCCCCUGAUUCUGCGUUUGCAUCAGAAUUCUCUUUCUCACCCUAUCCAACUCAGGAACUAGAGAGAAGAGAGCUGGGGCGUGACUCUCCACUGUGUUUAACGUCGCCCUCUGAGCACACUGUUCUGUCCGAUGAGGACACCGAAGAGGCUGAACUCUUUUCUCCAGAUUCAGCAUCACAGGUUUCAAUCCCACCGUACAGAAUCGCAGAAACAGAGCGGAACAAAGUCGAGGCAGAUGAAUUACUCCCAAUGAGUCCUGUGCCUGACUUUCCCUACUUCUCAGGGGCAGAUGAAGAAGAGACAGGAUCCUCAGUGGCCACGCCGGUGCCCGAGCAUUCUGCUCCAUCGAAGGAGCGGAAAGAGGAGCCUUUCCCUUCUAUACCUGUGUUUGAAGAUCUGAGCCUGCCACCUUCAGCAGUUAUGACAACGACAGGCCAAGCAGAAACUAAGCCAGAUGUUCCAACGGUUUCAACCUCUGUAUCUGAAUAUCUCAUCCUGGCCCAACGGCAGAAAACUCAAGCAUCUCUGGAGCCCGAGGCUGAAGAUGUGGUACCACCACCUUUAACCAGUGGAUGGGAGGAGACAGAUGCUAAGAGUAGUUCGACAGCAUCUACCAUAGCAGCUUCUGCAUCUGCAGUCUCAUCUGUGGUAAAGGAAGAAACCGCAUCCAUUUUGUCCACAUCUCAGUUCUCCGUUUCACCUGAGUCAGCCCGUGUCCCUAAGACAGAACGGGAACCCAAAGCAUCGCUCACACUCACAAGUGCAGAGGAACAGAUGGCUUUGCCCAAAGUCAGACGGGAAGAAAUUGUGCCGGAUUCUCAAGAAGCGACAGCACACAAAUCACAGGAUCAGACACCAGAACCUCAGCCCCCAAAUGUUCCAGGGUCUGGGAUGAGAUAUUCAGUUUUGUCUGACAUGGGAGAUGAGCCAAAGGCGGAUGUCAAGCCCGAUUUAGCUCCAGCUGUGACUUCUGAACUAGAACAGAGAAUGUUGUCAAAGAAUGAGCCUGAAGUGGUAAAACCGCAUUCACCUCCAGAGGAAACAUCUAUUUCUGGACGUAAGGUUUUAUCCGCGGUGCAAAAGGAAGUGAAACAGGAAUCCAAAAUAACCAGGGAACUUCCUGCAGCCUCGUCGGGAAUCGAGAGGGAAGUUGAGCAUCAUCCACCUGCACCAACCGCGCUUCCAGCAUUGCGGGAAGAAACGGAGAGAGAAACCAAAGCCAGCGUUUCUGCCACUCCAGUGCCAGUAACUAAGCUUGAUUCAAAUUCAGCUGCGUUAGGCAGAGAUGAGAUCCUGACAGACUCGUCUCUUGCCGGCCCUGCCGAACAUCCGGGCUUUAAGGGAGUAGGGGAGAGGGGGUUAGGAAGUGGUGAGCCAUCUCUCACCAUGUCUGCAGCCGAUCCCACAGUUCUCAGAGCGGGAGAGAAGGAACCAAUUAAAGAAGCUGCUGCUGUCCUUGACAGCUCUUCGUUCAGAGGCUCGGCUUGGCCAGAAGCAGAGGAAAAAGGGAGAUUAGAGUCGUCUCUAAGUUUAUCAUCUCCCUCAGAGCUCUCUGAUUGGUCAAAAGUAGAAACUGAAGAAGUUAAACGUGGGUGGCCAGGAGCCAAGGUGCCCUCAGAUGUGGCUGCGGAAACUGGGGUAGAAGACAAACGAGGCAUUUCACUCUCCCCAGCUCCUGAGUCUAAAGAAUCCACUUCGCCACAGAAAAAGAACUUGGUGUCUGUCUCAGAGGUGUUAAGGCCUGAACCCAAACUUCCCAUCGACUUAUGGAGUGAGGUAGAGAGAGAAGACACUGAGCCUCCUCCAUCACAAGUGUCGCCCACACCCAAACACACGGUGCCGGAUGACAAACCCGAGGAGAUGACAAGGUCUCCUGAUUCCGAAAAUUUAGUGUCAGAUGAUCUAGCCCCAACGUUACUGGCACUCAGGGAUGAGAUGAACGGACAAGCAGAGGAGACAUCGUCUCCAGUGCUGGGGAGUUUCCUCUCAGGAAAAGAAGAGCUCGUAAAGCUCCCCCCAGAACCUAAGAAGCCCAAACGGUUCUCAGAAGCACCGACUGUGGGGUUGGAACUCACCGAUAGUAGAGACAGGGAUGGGUCCUUAGGUAUAGAAAUAGUGAAACCCAGUGUCUUAGAAAAGGGCCCCACUGAGCUUAGGAGUGCAGGAAAAGAGCAAGAAGAACAUAGGGGGCUCCCUGUGCCUGCUACGUCUCCACUAGAGACUGCUUCUUCUGACCUUCCCAUAAAGCAAAAAGAGCUUAAAAAGACCCUUCCCGAGGGUCAAGCUGUUAAGGUGCCUGAUGUGGGCAGCUCUUUUGCAGAGAAGCCAGACCUGGGUAUUAAACAAUUAGCACAGAGGAAAGAGAAUCUGGAGCAACCGAAGCCAUUCAUGACAGCUGAGCCUGCCGAUGUUAUAGGAACAGAAGUGAAGGAGACUCUGAUUUCUCCCAAGGAUAACACCCGGAUGCUGGACAAGCCAGAUGGCUUGGUCAGUCAGCAUGAAGAUAGAAAACCAGGACCCAGGCAGCUGGAGUCCUCUGAGAGCAAGGAUCUGAUGCCAGAGAAACUCGGGGCUGCCCCGUUGGAUUCAGAUCACACACCUGGAAUCAGGAAGCAGGAAGAACCCCAUUUGCCAUUGCAAGAACAAGCAUCUAUCCUCCGUGUAUCUAGUGGCAAGGUAGAAACCUUCACCACUAAGACUUAUCUUUCUGAAGAAACAGAGGCCGUGGUUCCUGUUGGGAAGACAGAUAGAGGCAGAGCAGAGGAGAGGCAGAACAGUUCUUUCAUGGAGAGUGAAAAUUCAGUAUCAGAGAAGACAAAUGCAGAAUUUCCCAAGCCUUGCAAAGAAGAUGUCCAGAUGGAACUCAAACUACCUCUUGGAAGAACUAUCCAAAAAUCAGGGACUGGCCCAUCAGUGGAGCAGGCAACCCCAAUUCCUGCCAGCUCAGCACAUUUCCUGGCUGAAGUUGUAGAACCCACAGUGGGCAAAAACCAAGAAGCAAGCAUAGCACCAGUGUCCGGUGAGAAGCCAUCUCAAGAACCCACGAGGGUUCAGUCAAAGGCCGUAGGUGAUGCUGAGGAAGGGCGAAAGCUAGCCCCCGACGUGCAAGUCCCUGCCGUGAAAGCAAAUGUUGCACCUCAACCCCCGGAGACCCCAGGGGUGACACAAAAGCCAUCUGAGAAGUCACUGGUGGCUGAGCAAUGUCUUCCUGCAGAGAAGGGGAAGAAAGGAAUUUCGUCUUUCAAAUCGUGGAUGUCUAGUUUAUUGUUUGGAUCGAGCACUCCAGAUAAUAAGGUUGCUGACAAUAAAGAUCUAGAGACUCAGCCAAGUCCCUCUCUAGAGAAAGCACUAACUGCCGUAGAGCCUAAGGGUGCGGUUCCUGCUGAGGUUACUGUAGCUGAGAAGCCAGGGGUUCACUCUUUACCUGAGGUCACAGUUAAGCUGGGUGAAGAACCCAGAGGUGGAGAAAAACUCACAUUUUUACCAAACACGGACGUUUUAAAGCAGCCUGCCUCUAACUCUGAAAACUACGGGAAGAAAGGACUCCCAGGCUUUUCAGAGGGAAUGGGUGAAAACUUAGCUACUUCAGCUGGUGAUGAACAUCCUGGAAUUCAUCCUCGCUCCCCAAUGGGUGAGAAAGUGGGUAUGGAAGAAGCCCAGAACACGGCGCCUCUUCAUGUUACUGAGAGCCAAAGACACCAGAAGCCAGAGAUCGCUCCUCCGUCUAUGUGGAGUAUUUCUGUUCUUAAGGAAGAGCCAAGCAGUGGUCACAAAGAAGCACAGCUCUUGUCAUCUGACGUAGUCGAUAGAACGCCACAACGGCCAGAAUCAACUUUGUCCGCCUUCGCGAGGAUGGACUCAGAGAAGCAGGCACCAGUGAGUUUGCCGGUGGAGUCAGAAGACAGCCUAAUUGAUCUCGGUGAAGACAGACUGAGGCAAGAAAUGCCAAAGCCCACGUCUCUGGAGCGUCAUGAAGAGGAAGUGGAACGCCCAGCGGUGGAGAAGGACGGCUGGGGAACUAGAUCAUUUUCCUUGGCAGGGGAGAAGGGGCUGGCAGAGAAGCAAGAAAUCAUGGCUCCCUUGGAAGUAGGGGAAAAUAAAGCAGUAGGAAAGUUGCAAAUGAUGCCGGAAUCUCGACCUUUCAAAUCGGAAGGAUCAAAAGCUGCUGAGAGGCUGGAACAGCGCAUCUCUCCAAGGGAGGAGCUCAUGGAAAAACCCAGCAAGACUCUUGCUUCUGAGAGGAGAGAAAAGGAAGCGCAGGAACGGGUAUUUCCAGAAGGUGAGAAGGAGGGAGGCCUGUCCUCUUCCCCUGCGGCAGCCAUGCCUGUGCCUGGUGCGUCAGCCAUCUCUUGGGAUAAGGCCCAACCACCUUCUCCGGUUAAACCACCACCAGUUAUUGAAAAACCAGAGCAUAUAUUCACAGAGGUAUACCCAGAAAUUGGGGAGAGAAAGGCAGCAGAAACCAAACCACAUCCCCAGGAAGAAGGUAAAACUUUAGUAGAGAAAACCAAGGCUUCCCGUGUGGAGCCUCCCCAUGGAGAGGAAGUGGAUGGCCAUUCUUUUACUCAGGGAGGAAAUCUGGAGUUGGAGAAGUCACGUGAGAGUAGAGUGGAUCUCAAAGAGGAAAGGAGGCAGUUUGUGAUGCCCGAGUUGUCCCUUGCUGCUUCGGUGGCUGCUGAAGAUGGACAUGCGCAGCCAAGGCCCCUAUCUAGGGCUGCCGAGAGGACAGCAGGACACAUUACGGAUGAGACAAACAAUUUAGGACCGCCGACUCUAGAAACUUCUCUAGAACAAACAGCGAAGAAACAAGAGACACGGUCAGAUAGGCCUACAGUUCAUACUAUCCAGACAUCUAAAGAUCACCCAGAAGAGAUGCCGAAACAGUCUGUUCUUAUCUCAAAGCGUCACUUGGAAGCUAUGGAGGAUGUGCACAGAAACGAGCCACUCUCCUCAGCGGCAAGCAGCUAUACUCAGUUUAUGCUCAGUGCCUCAGCCGUCAGUGCUGAUGGAGCGCCUCCUGUGGGAGGCACACCCCAGGAGCCCGAAGGCACCUCUGGGAAAGGUGAAGAAUUUUCAGUGACCAGCAAGCCAGCCGGCCUUUCAGAAGAGCAGAAGAGUGCUUUUAGCAUCAUUUCUGAGGGCUGUGAGAUAUUGAACAUCCAUGCCCCUGCCUUCAUCCCCUCGGUGGAUCAGGAAGAAAGUGAACAAAUGCAAGAUAACUUACAGUAUUUGGAAGAGAAAUCCUCGUUUAAAAGCAUAUCUGUUUGCGAUGAGAGGAAAGCAGUCGCUUCCCAUAAAACACAGAAGAGCGAGUUAGAAGUUCCUGAUAGGAAAAUCACAUCGCCGACAGAAAAUGAACCAAAGGAAUCUUACCAGACAAAGGAGGAGACAGCCACAGGCUCGAGGUCAGGGGAUUUCACGUCAAUCCAACCAGGAGUUUCUGGUGAAGAGGAUUAUUUUGAAAAAUAUACUUUGAUCGAUUAUAACCUUUCCCCAGGCUCAGAAAGACAGAAAUCAACUGUUGAGGGCUCCUCAGAGGAAGCCACAGAAACACUGACGUCUUUCCCAGAGAGUUCAGCUGAACAGACCCUAGACCACGAAUAUGACUUAGUAAAGUUAGACGAAAGCUUUUAUGGGCCAGAAAAAAAUGGUAGCAAGUCAUCUCAUGCAGAGAUGCCGAAGUCUUUGGUUAUCCAAAAACCGAGUGAAGAAAAUGCUCCGAAGGGUGUCGGUGUAGAUGUGGACUCCAGGUCUCCCGGGAUGCCUCUAUUCGAUGUGGAGGAAGGAGUGCUGUCAAGAAGACAGAUAUUUCCCACCACCCCCAAGGCUGUUAACCCUGAGCUGUUAGAGGAGCCACCUGCACUUUCCUUCUUCUAUAAGGAUCUGUACGAGGGGGCACUGGGGGAGAAGAAUGAAGGAGAAACAGCUUCAGAGGGUGGCAGCGUGGAUUCUGAGACGUCAUUUCCAAGGCGACAUUCUGACACCGACGAUGGAACAGGCAUGUACUUCGAGAAGUAUGUACUCAAAGAUGACAUUCUUCAUGACGAAUCUGUAAAUCAGGAAGACCAAGGCCAAAGCCUGGAAGAAAAGCCAGUUGGCGAAAACGGUUCACAGCAACUGAGAAUCGCAGAAAGUGAAAUCGGGAGAAAGCCUGGAACUAGUUUUUGGGAGAGGAAUCUGGAAGAACAGCACAAGGUCAUUGACAGGGAGGGAGAGCCCGUAAGCCACACGGAGACUCUCAAUGAGGUAGCAACGCAGCAGAAAGCUCCCGUUACAGAGCAAGUCACAGCAAUCACCCAGGAGAUGAGCUACGCAGUCCCAUUCCAGGACACCCACCGUGUUCGGACGAGUGAGCCAAGCAGCCAGGGUCAUGAAGCAGGAAAUGCAAGUCCAGAGGUCAAUCUGAAUGUCCCAGUACAAGUGUCUUUCCCAGAGGAAGAAUCUACAGCAGGUGCCACUUAUGCUCCCGAAGUAUCACAAGAAGAGCUGGUCCCAUGUGUGUCACGUGAAGAGAGGCUCCACAACAUCCCUGUACAGGACGAGUAUGACUUCGUUGACUCUCUGAAUCAGGAAAUAGUCAGUCAAGGCAUCUUACCAGGAGAACCUUAUUCUGAAGCCCCACCCAAGGAAGUGUUACCUCAAGGAACGGAGUCCUUGUCACAUGCUGGGGAACGGGAACUCAUGAGUGAGGGGGAACCAAGAAAGUCUGCUUCACAGGAAGAGUGGGACAGAGGGGGAGAAGAUCAGUCAGCACGAGAAUCAGUGACCACUAAGACACAAAAGGAACAGAAAAAGGCCCAGGUUGACUCUUACUGCUACACCUGCAAAAGCCUGGUCUCUGAAAUGGACAAGGUGCUGGACAUUCACAAACACCAUGAGGUUUCAGCCCUUGACACAGCUAUAAGUGCUGUUAAGGUUCAAUUAGGAGAAUUUCUUGAGAACCUACAAGAAAAGUCCUUGAGGAUUGAAGCUUUUGUUAGUGAGAUUGAAUCCUUUUUUAAUACCAUCGAGGAAAAGUGUAGCAAAAAUGAGAAACGACUGGAAAUGCAGAAUGAGGAAAUGAUGAAGAAGGUUUUAGCCCAGUAUGAUGAAAAAGCUCAGAGCUUCGAGGAAGUGAAGAAGAAGAAAAUGGAGUUCCUGCAUGACCAGAUGGUCCACUUCCUGCAGAGCAUGGACACAGCCAAGGACACCCUGGAGACCAUCGUCAGAGAGGCCGAGGAGCUUGACGAGACAGUUUUCCUGGCCUCAUUUGAGGAAAUCAAUGAAAGGCUGCUGUCUGCCAUGGAGAGCACAGCUUCCUUAGAGAACAUGCCUGCCGCGUUCUCGCUUUUCGAACAUUACGAUGACAGCUCCGCGCGAGGUGACCAGAUGUUGAAACAAGUGGCUGUCCCACAGCCUCCCAGACUAGAACCCCAGGAACCAAAUUCUGCUACCAGCACAACAAUUGCAGUGUACUGGAGCGUGAACAAGGAGGACGUCGUGGACUCAUUCCAAGUGUACUGUGUAGAGGAGCCUCAAGAUGAUCAAGAAAUAAAUGAACUGGUAGAAGAAUAUAGAUUAACGGUGAAGGAAAGUUGCUGCAUUUUCGAAGACUUAGAACCCGAUCGAUGCUAUCAAGUGUGGGUGAUGGCUGUCAACUUCACCGGAUGCAGCCUGCCCAGUGAAAGGGCAAUUUUUAGAACAGCACCUUUCACGCCUGUGAUCCACGUAGAAGACUGUACGGUGUGCUGGAACACUGCCACUGUCAGAUGGCGGCCCGCUAACCCGGAGGCCACAGAGACCUACACUCUGGAGUACUGCAGACAACACUCUCCUGAGGGUGAGGGCCUGAGAUCUUUCUCUGGAAUUAAAGGACUCCAGCUCAAAGUUAACCUCUCUCCGAACGACAAUUACUUCUUCUAUGUGAGAGCCACCAAUGCCUCUGGGACAAGUGAGCAGAGUGAAGCUGCCCUCAUCUCCACCAGAGGAACUAGAUUCCUCUUGUUGAGAGAAACAGCUCACCCAGCCCUCCAGAUCUCCUCGAAUGGGACGGUGAUCAGCUUCUCCGAGAGGAGACGGCUGACAGAGAUCCCCUCAGUGCUGGGUGAGGAGCUGCCUGCCUGUGGCCAGCAUUACUGGGAAACCACAGUCACAGACAGUCCAGCCUAUCGACUCGGGAUCUGCUCCAGCUCAGCGGUGAGGGCUGGUGCCCUGGGACAAGGGGAGAGCUCAUGGUACAUGCACUGCUCUGAGCCACAGAGAUACACAUUUUUCUACAGUGGCAUCGUGAGCGAGGUGCAUGCAACCGAGCGUCCAGCCAGAGUGGGCAUUCUGCUGGACUACACCAACCAGAGACUUCUGUUUGUAAACGCCGAGAGUGGACAGCUGCUCUUCACCGUGAGGCACAGGUUCAAUGAGGGCGUGCAUCCCGCCUUCGCCCUGGAGAAGCCUGGCAAAUGCACUCUGCAUCUGGGCUUAGAGCCCCCGGAUUCAGUCAGGCACAAGUGAUCCUGGGCAUUCAGAGUCUAUAAGAAUAGGAGUAAGAGUUUGGGGGUACAAGAGCUGUCAUCCUGUCUCUCAGGCACUAUACAUUAUUCAGAUAGUCUCCCACACACCUGCACCGACAAUAGCUUCAGGCGUUGCAGUCAGCAUGUGAGGGAAGCCAGGGUCCUCGUGCCUUAUGGAGCAGUGUGUGAGCGGAGCGGGUGGAAGCAGCCUUCACCUUUGGUUCAUGGUUGGAGUUGUUUCCUAAAUUCAAGGGAUUUACACUUGACCAGAGAAAAGGACUUGCGCCUGUUCUAUCCAUCAAAUACCCAAUAUCUAGAUGAGAGGGGAGGGAGGGCGGUGUCCCUACCACAUCUCCUCUUACAAAGCAAACGUCACCUUACCUCACUGGAGGAUAAUGAAUCCUAGUCAUUAGAGAAAAUGUUUUAGCUGAUCUAAAUUUACAAUGGAUUCUUUUAUUAUCACGUAUGCUGUAGAAUGUAAGCGUCUCCUCUCUGACAAUGUAAAUGUAGAAAAGUGCUAGAUAUCAGAGAUUUCCAUUUUGUUAAAUAAAUGGCUAGCAUCUUGUAAAAUAAAAUCUAUUGUGUGAAA